CGGCGCCUUCAACACAGCCCUGCUUUGGGCUGGAGAAGCCCUCUGUGGCAUUGAGUGGCGCACGGGUGGCCGCUUGGCCUUGGCUGCCAGUAUGUUUUGUUUCCAGAUGGCAAUAGAGACUUUCAAGUGGAGCUUGUACAUUAAAAAUGCUUUAUGCUGAAGCCUCUAAAUGAAGACCAGAAAAACCUGGGCUGCUUUUCAACAACACUGAUAAACUCAGAGCACAGAAGAUUUGGCACACUAAUGGAAAGAACUCCCAGGAGUAUAUGAGUGUGUAACAUGGCUUGUGAGGCAAACCCAUUCAUCCUGGAUACAGAAAAACUGAAGUCAAUUGUUAGCUUUACCACAGGUUUGUCAUACGACAUUGAGCAAGUUCAUCUCAAUUCUUUCCUUCUCCAUCAUCAGCAAUGGGAUUGUUGCACUGACCUUCGCAAGGUCUUUUGAGAUCUACUGAUGAAAAUGGCCAGGAAUAUCCAUAACUUUGAGUUGUGCUUUAUGAACAAGGAAAGGGGCCUAACAUCUUGCCUAGAAGAGUGAGUUAUCAUCGAACCAAAAGAGAAUUUCUAUCUUAAAGCCACUACAAGAAAGAAACACUGUAAAAGCUGGCCUGCUUGAGGCUGCUCUCCUGCUUUGCCUGUAUUUUUCUAGUUGUAGUGGGUGAUGCCACAGCAGCUCUAACAUUCAGACCCCAGUAAUCAACUAGUUAACAGGCAGGAGCAUUUGAAAACAAUCAUGGAUGACUAUGAUAUCAGGUCUGCUGCCAGCAUUUUAGCAUCUGUUAAGGAGCAAGAAGCUCGUUUCGAGCGGCUUACCCGUGCACUUGAGGAAGAGCGGCGCAAUGUCUCCUUGCAACUCGAGCGUGCCAAUCAGCCAGCAGACCGACUGAGCAUUUGCAACAUUGGCAAUGGUCAGCCACUGGCAACCGCCUGGCAGCAGCUUGUACUGCAGGAACAAAGCCCCAGUAACCAGACAUCAAUAGCAAUGAUGCAAGAGCCUCAAGAAAUGGUGGAAGAGACAGUUACUGUGGAGGAAGACCCAGGCACUCCCACUUCCCAUGUGUCUAUUGUCACUUCUGAAGAUGGAACCACAAGGAGAACUGAAACCAAGGUUACCAAAAUGGUCAAAACUGUCACCACCAGAACAGUGCGUCAGGUGCCACUUGGGCCUGAUGGCCUGCCAUCAAUGGAUGGCUCAUCUCCCAUGGGCAGCUACACAGAUUCCAUAGACAGAAGGUACAUGAAGAACGGAGAGCGGUACAUCACACCACAAGCAUCCUCCACGUUAACCAGGUCUUACAACAACUACAAUGAUUCCUACCCUGAAAGCCAUGAAGGCCAGUAUCGCCCUUACAUUGGUCAUGACGGUUAUGGAGAUCUCUCUGAUAACUAUGGCAGCUUGUCUCGUGGUGUCAACUACCGUCCUCGCUAUGCCUACAUGCCAGGAAACAGUUACAGGCCAGAUGAUGGUAGCUUCACUUUGCCAAGCAGAAGGGAUAACUAUGGUCCUGUUGCCCAGCCUCAGGUGCCAGUGGGUAGCAACGUUGACUUGAACCGCUCCCAACCAGAACGCUUCCAGCCAGAGCCCUAUGGACUGGAAGAUGAUAACCGUAGCCUUGGAGUAGAUGAUGAAGGGUAUGAACUGGAUCCUGAUUACUCCACUGUGAACCGGAGGACAACUGUAGGUGUGCCAGACAGAGGGAGACCUCACAAAGGAAGGGGCUACGAUGACCCCAUCGAGACAGAGAUGGUUGAAGAGAGGAUCCCUUACCUUCAUGGGGGCUAUGCAGCACCGCUGGCACAGCCAGAGAGAGGAAGCAUGGCCAGUAUUGACCGUCUGGGAAAGCGCUCCCCCUCUAUUGACAGCAUUCGUAAGGACCCCAGGUGGAGGGACCCUGACCUCCCUGAAGUAAUUGCCAUGCUCAGCCACCCCAUUGAUCCCGUCAAGUCGAAUGCCGCAGCCUACCUGCAGCACUUGUGCUAUGAGAAUGAUAAAAUCAAAAAGGACGUGAGGCAUCUAAAAGGGAUACCUAUCUUGGUGGGCCUACUUGAUCAUCCGAAGCCGGAGGUCCAUCGGAAAGCUUGUGGGGCUCUCAGAAACAUCUCCUAUGGGAAGGAUAAUGAAAACAAGGUGGCUAUAAAGAACUGUGAUGGGAUCCCUGCGUUGAUCAGACUAUUGCGCAAAACAAAUGACAUGGAAGUCAGAGAGCUAAUUACAGGCACCCUGUGGAACUUAUCCUCCUAUGAGCCCCUGAAGAUGGUCAUCAUCAACCAUGGUUUGCAGACACUUACCAACGAGGUGAUUAUACCCCAUUCAGGUUGGGAGAGUGAGCCAAAUGAGGACUCCAAGCCUCGUGAUGCUGAGUGGACAACUGUCUUCAAGAACACUUCUGGUUGCUUACGGAAUGUAAGUUCAGAUGGAGCAGAAGCACGUAGAAGACUAAGAGAGUGUGACGGCUUGGUGGAUGCCCUCCUUCACGCCCUACAGUCUGCAGUUGGCAAGAAGGAUACAGACAACAAGUCUGUGGAGAACUGUGUGUGCAUCAUGCGGAACCUUUCCUAUCACGUCCACAAAGAGGUCCCCGGAGCUGAUAAGUACCAAGAGCUAGAUGUCAGCCAGACUACAAGCAUGGGAGGCUCUCAAAAGAAGAAGAAAGAUGAUGCUGGUUGUUUCGGUGGAAAGAAAGCUAAAGAGGAGUGGUUCAAUCAAGGAAAGAAGAAUGGAGAUUUGGACCGAAAUUUUGAUACACUUGAUUUGCCUAAGCGGUCUGAAGCAGCAAAAGGCUUUGAAUUACUUUACCAACCAGAUGUGGUCCGACUGUACCUCUCCAUCCUCACCGAAAGUCAGAACUUCAACACUCUGGAAGCUGCAGCAGGGGCUUUGCAGAAUCUCAGUGCUGGCAACUGGAUGUGGUCCACGUACAUCCGUGCAACAGUGCGGAAGGAGAGAGGCUUACCAGUGCUAGUGGAGCUGCUCCAGUCUGACUCUGACAAGGUUGUGAGGGCUGUGUCAAUUGCUCUGAGAAACCUCUCCAUGGAUCGUCGCAAUAAGGACCUUAUAGGUAGUUAUGCCAUGGGUGAGCUGGUAAGAAAUUUGCCCAGCAGGCAGCAGAGAUCUGCAAAGAACCUGGAAGAGGAUACGGUGGUUGCGGUGCUGAACACCAUCCAUGAAAUCAUUACUGACAGCUCAGAAAAUGCAAGGUCUCUGAUCCAGACACAGGGCAUUCAGAAGCUGGUUGCUAUCAGCAAGUCAAGCCAGUCUCCCAGAGAAACAAAAGCAGCAUCUCACGUUCUUCAGAUGAUCUGGAGCUACAAAGAACUACGAAAUGCCCUGCAGAAAGAUGGGUGGAACAAGUCACACUUCCAGUCUGUUUCUGCAACUCCAAAGAGUUCCAAAGGUACUGCUGGCAGGUCUGGCUAUGACGACAGCACUCUGCCUCUGGUGGAUAAAAGUCAAGAUAAUGAGAAGGCUGGGAGUCGUGAUAUGAUACCUAUGGAUGAACUUGGCCCAGAUGGCUACUCCACCAUCGAUCACCGGGAGAAGGAGCGCAAAUACAAGACCAGUGAUAACACAGGAGAUGCCUCAGAGAAAGAACCUUUAAAAAAUGACACAAAUAGGAAAAACAUUAACAGGAGUAACAGGGCUUCGGUGAAUCUGGUGGAUGCCCGUGACAUUAAACCUCAGCCUGUUGACUCCUGGGUCUAAUUUGCAUGCAUGGGCUAGAGUCCAACCACAUUUUUUUUAAUUGAGGGGGAGAAACAAACAUCGAAUCGACACAGAGGAUCUAUCUCAUCAGUCACCACUGCCAUUCAGAUUUGGAGGGCGCUGCAUCACUGGCCAGGCUGCAGAUUCCAGGAGGAUGAGGGGAGAGAAAACACAACUGGCUGCCAUUGCCAACCCCAAGCACCAUGCCUUACAGCAAGACAAUUUGCUUUUUAACUCUCUUACAUUCCCACCAGAAAUAGCCGCCACCUCCCCCUGCAUCCCAUUCCUGCAAGAAGAAAGCAAGCAUGAAAAGAGAACCGAAGCCUCCAUCGAGCUGGUUGCAUUCUUAGGUGACUCUUCCAUGUGGAUGGUGCCAAGUAUGAGAAGUGAAGGUUGGGUGGCAGCAAAGAAGACAGCUUCAUGAGUGAAAGAGAAACUGCAGAAUAUUUGAAAUAAUAUCAUAGGUGUAGCCAUGGAGAUAAUAGCACUUUUCUGGUUUGGGGCUCAUUGUUUUGUUGUUUUGUUUGUUUGGGGGUAUUUCUUUUGAACUGUGAAUCUAACGUUUUUAAAAGCUUUUCUGAAAAAUGUUUAUUUUUUCUUUAUUAUUUCCACAGAAAGUGCAGGAAUGUUGAGUGGGUUUAUUGGAUUUCAAUGAAGGGAGAAAAUGCAGAACAAAAACUAUUAAAUGCUGAUCAGAUGAACUGGAGAGUGGCUGACAGAAUUGAUGCAAGCUGUAUAAUCUGCUUUUAGAGUAAGCUUAUCAAUCACAGCACUAUAUUAUCAUUAUAAUCUGGUGUACAAUACUUCUGCCUUUUGAAUUCUGUAAUGGCUCUGUUUAUUUCCACAUCCUGAAACGCAGUUUAUUGAAGACUUCAAUGUCCCUGGUUCAGAAAUCUAUGCUGAGAAAUGGAGUUGGCUGGCUUUUUAUUUUAAUGUUCUCAAAGAUUGCAGUAAGGAGCUUUUACAUUUUAAAAGGUACCAGUCUUGGAUUCAUUGAUGAUGAUUAACAAUUCCUUUUGCCAUAGCUGUUAACACUUGGAGAGAAAUAGGAGCUUUUUUGUAGGAUGUCUCAUUUUGGACAAUUUUAGAUGAGUCUGUCACUUAGAUUUGAUGGUAGAUUUAUCACUUUUAGAUCCGUGUUUGCUUUGGGCUAUAGAUCCUGAUGAGAAAUGCCACAAAGAGAACUGGUUUGGCAUUUUUUAAUUCACCAUAAUGAUUUCUAUGUUCCUUUGGUUCUGUUUUGCUGUCACAUAUUUCAUUUGGUGUGAAAAUCACCUGUGUGCAACAGUUCUCCUCCAAGAUGCUAAGACCUGUUUCAUGUAAGGGGGAAUUUUCACCUCACAAAAUUGUACUUAGCAAAUGUGGUAUCUGGUAACACCAUGAACUGAUUGUCUCCAGGCAUUGGUGGUGGGAGAGCAGCAGAUGAGAAUAGGAAGCAAAUGUCUCACUAGUAGCAUCAGAGGAUUUCUGCUGGUUUUAUUUGGUUGCCAUUGUUCUUUGAUUGCCACGUUUUGUUCUAAACAAGCUCCUAAAAACAGUGUGACUGGAAAGCAUACUUUCCAAUCUAGCAAACAUCAUUUGGGGUUUUCAGUGCCUGCCGUUUCCUUUGUCAUGAGAAAGGGGAAAUAUCCAACAGCCUCUCUUCCCCCAAAAUAUUACUGUAAUAGUAAACAUUACAAUUUUUAUUAAAAAAAUUUAAAAAUUUUUAAAAAAAGCAAGUACCAAGAGCUUUGUAUCUUCUUGAGUAUAUUAAAAAUUUGACAUGAAUACAUAUAUAUAAAUAAAUUAAAAGUCUAUAUAUCUAUAUAUAUAUUGUUGUGCAGAGGAUAGGUUAAUAAAACCAUGUAAAGUAGUUUGCAGGAGAGGGAAGCAUUUGUUGAUUCAGGGAAACAGACGGAUGCCAGAAGCUGUCAGUGAUGUGGAUGAUACAUGUGCUCCUUCACACCCUCCCUCUGACCCUCCUCUUCCACGUACCUUGCAGUGGUCACUUCUGGAUCCUGAGGAAGGUAAAGUUGCUUGGAGCAAAUUAAGACAGCAAAGAUUUGUAUUUUCACCUGCAUGAGAGUCCUGUUGGGCCAAAGAUGCUCAGCAGAUCAAGGGAAGCAAAGAGAUACAUCUGUGAUUAUCUGCAUUUGUGUCAGGACAGUGUCUCUCUAUGUGUAGACAUAAAGUGUGGCAAUGAAACCAGAUACAUAGUCUGACUGUAUAUUAUAUCAAUGGUGCUCUUUUCAUACUUGUUCUGCCAAAAGGCAGAGACCCUUUUAACCGAGCUACACAGAAGAGUUUUAUAUCACUUUUGGUUAUGUACUUGGUGUAUUCUUUUUGUAUAUGAAAGGAUUUUUUUAAAAACGUUCAGUAAUUAGCAAUGGAAUCUGCUUUGUAGCUGACUAGAACAGUGUAAGAGAAGGGCCGUGCUGUCAGUCUGUCCCUGAUCUACUUCAAACCAUAUAUUUACCAAAGGAGUCUGAGCAAAAGUUCACCUAAAAUAAAGACCUGAUUGUUGAAAGGAGUCUCUGCUAAGACUUUGUGAUUUAGUUAUUGUACAGAUACUGUGAAGCCAGCAAGAGGUUAACAGAGAAAACUGCAGGAAGGGGGAAGUGAAGUGACAUGGGGGCAAUUAUGUCCAUGACCUUCUAUCACCAGAUAUUCCAUGAUGCUCAGUGGGACACUACAGGGACACUCAAAAUCUGGAUUGGAAUCUACUUUGGUCUCUGUCAUUAGUGGGCUAAAAAUACUGAGGAGUAUUUAAUAAGCAAAAGUCCUUUUUGUACUGAUGCUGCACCCUCUGAUAAGCAAACCUCCCUGUCAGGGUGGAUGGCACUGGCUGCCCAGGGUCACUGUAGCAAACUGUUUUUGUUUUCCUGGGUGUAAGUGUUCAUGGCAGCCGGUGUAGUUGUGAGCUGACAACAUGGUUUAUUGCUGCAGAAAGCACAGGACAGUAUAUCAAGAGGUCAAAUACCAACUCCAUGGGCCAAGGCUUCGGUGGGAAUCACAUCUUAUUCCUGUCUUUCCCAUGCCUUACAGCAACAACAGAUUCCCAAGUAUGUAGCAAUAACCAAUCAUUUAGAUUACUGUGUUUUUUUUCUUCUCACCAAACUGUUGUUUGGAUAUGGUGAAAGGAAAAUGGAUUGGGGAGUGACUUGCAUGUGAGACUAUCGCCUUGUGUUAUCAGCCCACGAGCUGAAGGCCAAAGCCAAGAUCCUUUGAACCAGGUCUGGUGAUUUAAUGUCUUUUUUAUCUAUGGCCACAAGCUCGCUGGUGGGAUGUGUGCCCACACCUGCCUUUACUUCUCUCCCCUUGUUGGCACAAGUGUGACUGGCUGUUUGAGCUAUUCUGGGAUGUGGGUGAAUGAACUCGUAAUUGUUGUAUUUUGGCAGCAGGGACUGUAUGUAAAGAAGGGAAAGUGGCAGUGUGUGUGACUAAAGCUGCAGUAGGGUCUAGAGUUUCCUGCUAAAAGGCAGGCAGUGCUUUUUAGGGCUGAGGUAUGUGAUCUCCUCUUUUCCUGUUGGCUUCAAUGUGAAAACUGGAGGGAAUCUGCCAGCAAAGGGCUGAGGCAGAAGAGAUUUCUACCUGCAGAAGUUCUAGUGGGAGGAAUGGUUGUGGAAAGAUGAUAGUGUUGCAAGACUCCUGCUAAAGAGAAGGAGAAAAUGUGUUGGCUCUUUGAGGGCUGAGAUAACAUAGGGGAGAGAGGGAGACUUGUGAUGGCAAGUAAUUACUGCAGAAUUUUCUUCCCAGGGAGGUGGAUUGUACAUCUCCCAGGCACCUUCACUCAGCUGUGAAGGUUUAAAAAAAACAUUGUGUGUCAAGACUCCCCUGGAGAAGCAUCAAGUUUGGCUCUUGAGUAUGUGAGCACUUACAGCUUCCCAGAUUGGUAUGUCUGUCUGCAGAGUCCAAGGAGGAGAGUGGAAAGCAAGGCUUUAGGACAUCUUGUUUCUGUCUUGGAGUUUAGUAGCUUAGCCAUAAGUGUAACUUGACAACUCAGGAUGUGUUGCCAGCUUGGAAAGCUCCCCAGGGAAUGGCUUGGGCAGCUGUAGGUCCUGAUCCUCAGUGUCUUCUGAGCAGAACAACUGCCUAUCCUAGUUCUACUCUCGUGUGCUCAGACAUGCUGGUUCUGGAUGUAUCUGUAUCAGGAAAGCCAAUCUUGUCUCUGUUGCCAAGACAUCACAAAAGGGACUGACCUGGGGACGAGGAACUGACUUGCUGUAAGUGACACAUAAAGAAAGCAGGGGUGACUUCUUUCUUACAGUAGAUGAGUAAGUUCUUGCCACCCCUGAGGAGCAGUUUCCGGUGAUGCUUUCUAGGAUGCAAGUAUUGUGCUGGACAAAGCAGUUUUCACUCUAGAGCAGUUUCAUGGAAUUGAAGGUGAUGAGUUACCUUCUGUUUCUUGCCUUAAAGUUGAGUGUGUAGACUCAGCUACCUGUGAGAGGUGCACGUUUUAAACCCUUAGAGGAAGCAAAGCUUCAGAAGCCAAACGGGCAUGUCAGAGUGGUUAUAGCCUCUUCUGCUGACGAGCUGCCCACUCAGUGAAAACUACAGUGUGCCAAUAACUCCAGCCAGUUUUGGGCUGCUGGGGUGGAGUCAUGCUUUCACGAGUCUGGAAGGUGUUUAUAUAGGUAUAGUUGCUUGCUAAACAUUUGAUGCCCCUAAAAUCCGGUCUUUCCUUAUCUUUGACAGAGGAAAUCUCUAAUUUAUUGGUACAGUAGCUAAUCUAGUGCAUUUAACAAGAAGGUAUUAUGAACCUUUUUUUUCUGUCUUAAGUUUUGCAUCAGGGUAGGAUGUUCUCAAGUCCAAGUUGAGGAGGAAGAUAGUGCAGAUACUACAAGGCCUGUCAAUCUGGUUCUUACUGUUCAGAAAAACAAAAUAACUAGACUAAGAAGCUUACUGGUAAUUAGUAGCUAAUGUGUUUGUAACUAUCAUGUGCCUUAAAUUUUCAUGGUAGGAGAAUAAAAAAAAAUCAACAAUGUGUUUUCUGUAAUACUGCUCAACAUUCUCUCUGUAGUUUAGACUGGUGGGAUUUUGCAUUGUAUUUACACUGUACUAUAAACUGAAACACUUAGAAUGGUUUGAUUUUACAAGUAUGGAGAGGAAAAAAAGGUGAAUUAUGCUUUUCAUAGAACAAAUGUUACCGUGACAGAAUGUAUUAUUAUUAUAGGAUCUUUCCAUAAUGCAGACAAGUAGAAUGCUUGUUAGAAACCAGGUAUGUAGGAUAACAAUUUGGUGUGUUUUCAAUAAACCAUGCCUGGAAAGAA